CUCAGAUUUCCGCAGACUUAGCAGAUGUGGGUAAAGAAGCCCCCCACCCUCCUGCCUCUGCUCUUGGGGGCGCUGGCACAGACCUGGGCCGGCCCCCACUCCCUAAGGAUUUUCAAAACCGCGAUGUCCCGGCCCGGCCUCGGGGAGCCCCGCUUCAUGGUGGUGGGCUACGUAGACGACACGCAGUUCUUGCGGUUCGACAGCGACGCUCCGGGUCAGAGCGCCGAGCCGCGGGCGCCCUGGGCGGGGCAGGUGCGGCAGGAGGAUCUGGACCAGGAGACGCUGAACCAGAGGCGCAACGCCCACAAAUACCGAGUGCACCUCAAAACCCUGCGCGGCUACUACAACCAGAGCCAGGACGGCUCUCACACCUUCCAGAAUAUGUUUGGCUGCGAAUUGGGGCCCCUCGGGCACCUCCUCCGAGGGUACAGUCAGUACGCCUAUGACGGCGAGGAUUACCUGACCCUGAAUGAAGACCUGCGCUCCUGGACCCCCGCGGACCCGGUGGCCCAGAUCACCCAGCGCCAGUGGGAGGCGGACGGCAGGGCUGAGCGCCUGAGGAACAUCUUGGAGGGCAGGUGCCUGGAGUGGCUCCGCAGGUUCCUGGAGCUGGGGAAGGAGGAGCUGCAGCGCACAGAUCCCCCAAGGACGCAUGUGACCCUCCAUCCCACCUCUGACCAUGAGGUCAUCCUGAGGUGCUGGGCCCUGGGCUUCUACCCUGCGGAGAUCACCCUGACCUGGCAGCGAGAUGGGGAGGACCUGACCCAGGACACGGAGUUGGUGGACACUAGGCCUGGUGGGGAUGGAACCUUCCAGAAGUGGGCGGCUGUGGUGGUGCCUUCUGGAGAGGAGCAGAGAUACACAUGCCAUGUGCAACAUGAGGGGCUGCCAGAGCCCCAAAUCCUGAGAUGGGGUGAGGAAAGGACGUGGACACAGAGCCUCUUCUUAGGGGCAUCAGGGCCCCUCCUGGACCCCUCAGAGGGUCAGGAUGAGGCCUGGGGCUCAGCCUCUCCCCUCCCCUUCCAUUCUAGAGCCCCUUCCUCAGUCCUCCACCCCCACUGGGGGCCUCAUUGCUGGCCUGGUUCUCCUUGGAGCUGUGCUCACUGCGGCUGCGGUGGCUGCAGCUGUGAUGUGGAGGAAGAAGCGCUCAGGGGGACAAGGAGGAAGCUACACUCAGGCUGCAGGCAGCGACAGUACCCAGGGCUCUGAUGUGUCUCUCAGCCCCUAAAGAAGAGAAAGGAACAGGACCAGACCCAGGACCUCCCAGUGUUCAUCAGAGCCCACUGCCCACUCUGACCCCAUGUGAAGAGACUUGGGGACCAGGGUGCCCCUACUUCAGUGAGCAAAGGAGUCACCUGGACACUCAUGAAGGCUCAGAAGGUGUAAAAGAGUAUCUGAGGGUCUGCUAUGAGACCCUUCUCAUUUUAGGGAAGGAGAGUUUAGGGUUGAUUCCAAGAAGGGGGCACUUCAUCCCUGGAAGCAGAAGCAAGAAGAAAUAACAGGGGCUUUGGAGUCUAAGUUUCCAUCUCAAGAGACUGAAGGAAUCCCUUUAUUUGGAGUAUCUACCAAAAAUCUAGGAGUCAACUAUUAUGACUUGGAACCUGGUUCUGCCCUGAGUCAGUAGGACUCACUAGGGAGAAAUUUUGAGGAUGUUGAAACUGUGGCUGGACCUGGGAUUCCCCUUGUGAGCAGAUCCCUGUCCUGCAGUUGGGAGCCCAGGGCGCCCUGGGGGACCUGGCUGAGCAGGAGAAAGGGCAGCUCUGGGCUCCUGUUCUCAGCCCCAUGGCCACACGGGGGCGCUGCCGCGCUGCUCUGGUUCUGGCUGAGCCGCCAGGACUGGGCAGGUCUGAGUGGGGCAGAGUGGGUUGUCCUGGGGGCUGAGAUGAUCUGUGGGGAGUCAGAGAACAAGGGUUCAGAGCAGUGCAGA